AAUCCAAGAAGAAGCAGAGGACAGGAACACGGUUAGUAUAGUGAUCGACGGCCACAAUCGCAUGAAUCCACACUCGGUUCUUCUUUGAUAUGGUUCUUCAGUUCUCUCCUUCAAUGCCGUUAUGGUCCCCAAUUUUUUUCCUGAUGACGCUGUGAAGCGCGACUGGCUCGUCUACUGCUCUUACGUUGCCCUCGAGAGCUGCCAGCUCGUCAUCAACGAGAUCGAUGACUACGUAGCUACCCCUCUCCAACCCGUAAAAUUGUUCGUACUCUAUCUCUCCAGCCCCGAUAACAAGGAGUCGAUUAUCUCUAGUCUAAAGGAAUGCUUAGCAGAUUCGGUGAUUGCGAAUAACUCGAUCUUGAGGUUGAUUGGUGGGAUCAUAAUCAUGCACGAGCAGAACUACAAUGAAGCUAGUUGGAAGAGGAGAAAGAAAGGAGAAUCAUCAAUGGAGAAAGCGAGAGAAGCGAUCUCCAUGUCUUCGUCGUCUCUCUCUCCGCCGCAAGUACCGAUGGAGCUCCACUUCACCAACCAAGAGAAGCUCCUGAAAUCUCUACGCCACCAUCUCUCCGAGUUAUCUCGUCCUCUCCACGGCUUUGUCUUCCUCCAAGGUGGCGAGGAGCAAUUGCGCAACGACACUGACCACAUCGAACUCUUCAGGCAAGAGAGUUACUUUGCUUACCUAUUUGAAGUCAGAGGACCAGGCUUCUAUGGAGCUAUUGACAUAUUGACUGGAGAGUCCAUCCUAUUUGCUCCUCGCUUAUCUACAGAUUAUGUUGUUUGGUUGGAAGAAAUAAAACCACCAUCAUACUUCAAGGAAAGAUACCUAGUUAGCGUUGUAUACUACACAGAUGAGAUUGCUAGAGUUUUACAUGACCAAUUCCAUGGAUCUAGGAAAACCUUGUUGUUUCUAUUGCAUGGGCUCAAUACCGACAGCAAUCAAUAUGCAAAACCAGUAGAGUUUGAGGGUGUGGACAAGUGUGAGACGGAUUUGGAAACCUUGCAUCCCAUUUUGAUUGAAUGCCGUGUUUGGAAGUUAGAGCUGGAGCUUGCUGUUAUCCAGUAUGCCAAUGAUAUAAGCUCCGAAGUUCAUGUUGAGGUUAUGAAAAAAACUAGAGUGGGAAUGAAAGAGUAUCAAUUGGAAAGCGUGUUUCUUCACCACACCUACAUGUAUGGUGGGUGUAGGCACUGCUCAUACACAUGUAUUUGUGCUAUUGGUAAAAAUAGUGAUGUGCUUCAUUAUGGGCAUGCAGCGGCUCCAAAUGAUAGGACCUUGGAAGAUGGAGAUAUGGCAUUGUUUGAUAUGGGAGCUGAAAAUCGAAAUGCAGUGGAUGAUAGUCCAACUCACAAGAAGAAACAUCAGUUUCUCAAUCCUUGGGUGUAUCUAAUGUAUUCCAAUGGUUCAGUGCCUGGAACUCUAUGUGUAGCCUUAAGGUUUUGUGAGAAGAUUGAAUCUACUCUUGGGUUGGUAUGUAAGGAUAUUUGUGAGCUUGCAUUUGGGUGGAGGAACAUUGAUCAGGAAGGCAACGUGGGAAAUGAAGGAAACCUUGUUGAAAUAUAUUGUGAUGGCUGGGAUGUUAUGGAAUAUGAAGCCCAAGUUAUUAAUGCUCCAACCUUGAGGUCAAGGAUUUUUGGCGGGAAAGGCAAUAUAGUUUACACUUCAAGGAUCAUGAAACAUAAAGAUGGAAAACCAACUCCCCAAGGGGACAAAAGUUUGAGGCUUGUUCCCAUGUCAAUCAUGUUUUUGGUGCUAUGCGGAUGUUCCUUUUAUCUUGAUGGGAUAUUUUGUUAUGAGAAGAGCAGGUAUGACACUAAGAAUGUUGCAAGUGAUGUCCAAUCUCCCAAGAUCCAAGGAGGUGGAAGAAGUAUGGUGUUCAUCGACUUAGUUUCAUGGAACGCCACUGCCCUCCAGUAUUUGAAAGAAAGGGCCUCAAGUUAUUAA